CUCGGUAAUGUCUGACGUCAAUGCAACUUUGCCCAUUCCGGUUCCGUAAAAAAUGGUGACAGAAAGUGAUUCAGUCUUGUAAGAGAGCCCGCGGCGAGGUGUCGUAGUACUCGUAGUUGCUAAUCACAGAGCCGGCGCGCACUACCGCCGGAACGCGAUCGCGUCUAACCUGCCCACGUGCGUUUGGCGUUUACGCGAUUGAUUUUUGCGGAAUGGGUGAACAGACGCACGGCGGCGGCGAAAAAGUGGUUUUGAAACGUAAAAUAACACUGUUCAAUGGAGUGGGGAUUAUUAUUGGGACGAUCAUCGGCUCCGGCAUUUUCAUUUCUCCUGCGGGAGUUUUCAACAACACCGGAUCGGUAGCGGUGUCCCUACUAAUAUGGGUGGUCUGCGGAGUCCUAUCCACGCUCGGAGCCCUGUGCUACGCGGAGCUCGGCACCUCCAUAACCCGGUCAGGCGGGGACUACGCCUACAUCCAUGCAGCCUUUGGUCCGCUGCCCGCGUUCCUGCGCAUGUGGAUAGCGCUGCUGAUCAUCAGGCCCACGACACAGGCCAUCGUGGCGCUGACCUUCGGCCACUACGUCGUCAAGCCCUUCUUCCCGGAGUGCGAGCCGCCGCAGGACGCCGUUAAGUUGCUGGCCGCUGUCUGUCUCUGUAUCCUGACGGCCAUCAACUGCAUCAGCGUGAGGUGGACCAUGCGGAUCCAGGAUGUGUUCACCUCCUCCAAGCUCUUCGCACUCGUGGUCAUCAUCAUCUCGGGAUUAUAUUACAUCUGCAUCGGGCACACGGAAAACUUUGAAAACGCAUGGGAGGGCCAGUACACAGCUGGGACUGUGGCGCUGGCCUUUUACUCUGGUCUCUUCGCCUUCGGGGGCUGGAACUAUCUCAACUUCGUCACCGAAGAGCUACAGGAUCCGUACAAGAAUCUCCCGCGAGCUAUAUGGAUCGCCAUGCCCAUGGUCACCAUCAUCUACGCGAUGGCCAACGUCGCCUACUUCGCCGUCGUUAGCAAGGAUGAGAUGAAGUUUGCUGUAGCUGUGAAAUUCGGCGAACGUCUCUUCGGCGCUUGGAGCUGGGUGAUCCCCGUGUUCGUGGCUCUGUCGACGUUCGGCGGCGUCAAUGGCGUGCUGUUCACGUCGGCCAGGCUGUUCGCGACUGGCGCGCAGGAGGGACACAUGCCGGCUUUCUUCUCGCUCUUCCACAUAAAGCGCCAAACCCCCAUACCGUCGCUCUUAUUCACGUGCCUGUUCUCCCUGCUCAUGCUGUCAACAAGCAACGUCCUGGCGCUGAUCAACUACUUCUCCCAAACGCUGUGGCUGUCCGUGGGCGCGUCCGUGGUGGGCAUGCUGUGGCUGCGGCGCACGCGGCCCGACAUCCCGCGCCCCAUCCGCGUGCACCUCGCCAUCCCCUUCACCUUCCUCAUCGCUAUCGGCUUCCUGGUCUUCGUCCCGGCCAUAUACCAACCCAAGGAAACGGCUAUAGGAGUCGCUUUACUCCUCAGCGGAAUACCUGUUUAUUACCUCGGCGUCAAAUGGCAGUCGAAGCCGGAAUGUUACCACUCUCUCUCCGGAUGCAUUUUAAGGCUUUUCCAAAAAUUAUGUUCCUGUAUUUACGUAGAGUCGAAUGAGAAAAUGUCACAAGGAUGAAUUAAAGUGAUGAGGAAUGUAAUAAUAUAAAAAAAGGACCAACGAUUUAUGUACCUAUAUGUACGCUUAUAUGUUAUGAAUAUUGUGGGUACUGUAGAAUGAGAAAUAUCUGUGAUUGUGCUUCCCAAUUUGGGAAUCCCAAUAGGCAGAGGGCCGUCCUUUCAUUUUGUUACGUACCUAAAUGUGUUUUGUCAUAAACCACACAUAACAGUAUUUUAGGUAAACUAAUGGUAAACUAUUAAACGACAAUUUAUUCGUUUAAAUGACAAAUACCGCUAUGUUGGUACUGCGUUUCAGUCUGAUAAUAUAUUUAAAAAAAAAAGGUAUUAGGUACGUUGUACUGUUUUUUAUUAUGUACUGUUUCUUGUUAUAUACCUAGUGAGCACAAGUUUUAACAAUGAUUAAGUAAUAAUUAAUAAAUGUGCAGCUACGCAAAGUAAUCAUGACAUUCAUGACUAUUUAAAAAGUUAAACAUCAGUGCGUUGCCAACCAUGCAAAGGUAUGACAGUAUAAUUAUAGGUAAAAACAAGCCAUUUUACUAGACAGAGACACACAAGAGUAAUUAACUUAAAUACACAAUACGCAACUAAAUAUAUAAAAAAAAACCGGACAAGUGCGAGUCGGACUCGCCCACCGAGGGUUCCGUACUUUUUAGUAUUUGUUGUUAUAGCGGCAACAGAAAUACAUCAUCUCUGAAAAUAUCAAAUGUCUAGCUAUCACGGUUCGUGAGAUACAGCCUGGUGACAGACGGACGGACGGACGGACGGACAGCGGAGUCUUAGUAAUAGGGUCCCGUUUUACCCUUUGGGUACGGAACCCUAAAAAAACAACUUAAUGGUAAAGUUACCUUAGGAGAGGUGUAUUAGUAGAUUACGAUACUAAUGCGAAAAGUAGGAAAUUCGCAACGUUGAAUAUAAAUUGACACACGACCGAAGGGAGUGUUUUAAAUCGACACGAGUUGCGAAUUACCUUUUCGCACGUGUAUUGUACAACGUUUUACAGUACAUAUGGCCCUUCGACAUAGGCACGUAUUGUGCUAAUUACUGCACAAGGGCGGUAAAGUUAGCACCAUAUGUACUGUAAAAAUCCUUACAUGAUUGCUUAUCACGGCAGUUGCUCUCCACGAUGCCGACAGUAUCCACUAACAACUCGUAGUAAAUGUUGUAGUGUGUGUGACUUUUAUACUUAUGAUUAAAUACUUGUAUCUCAUGAUUUUCAUGCCUUGAAUUGCUCUCUGAAUGUUUAAAAGUAGUAAGUAUAUUUACAUGUUAUACUUAAUAUAUCGUACAUAUGUAUAUCGUACAUAAGUAAAGGGCUAACGUAUCAAUAAUAUAUUGGUCCAUGGUUAGGACUACUCGUAUAGACUCGUGUACCGAUAUUUAAGGACGCGUUGUAUGAAAAAUAUAUGUACCUAAGUAUGUUAUUAAUUUUUAUAUACAGGUCCAAUACCUAGAUUAACAAGUACCUAUACAGGUAUUAAAUGGGAACUAAUGCAUUCCAAAUGUAUGACAUUGUAUUCUUGGAUGUGUCUAUAUAUUUAAUUGUGUAAUUAUAUUAUAAAGUUCGAAUAUAUAGGUAAGCGUAAUUUACAAACCAUAUAUUGAGUGUUCUGUUAUUAUUUACCAGUAAUACUAUUUUGCACCUGAUGAGCCUGCAAUGAAGGGUCGCAUUCGCUUAAUUACACUGCUUUCUUGAUAUUGGUAAUAUACUUACAAGUAUGUAACACAAAUAUCUCCCUAAAUUGUAUAAUUUAUAAGAAUUUAAUAAGUUGUUUUGUUACUAUUUACUUACUUAUUAUAUUAUUCUCCUGCCAUUGCAGACAUUCUUACCACCUAGGUAUAGUACAUAGGUACCUACCUGAUUUUAGAAUUAGUAUUUCUAAUUUUAUAUUUAUUACCUAAUUGUGUUACCUACUUUACGCUAUUAGCAACCCGUUGUAAUAUAGCUACCUACAUGUUAUUUAUUUAUAGUAUUAAUAUUGAAAUUGCUUAUGAAAAACGCAAUAAAACAACUCGAGAAGGAAACAAUUGUUGAAUAAAUUAUUUUCACGCAAAAAAAA